AUGCAUCCGUCCCGACGCGCCUACGUCGAAGAACAUAAAGAAGAUGAGGAUAUGGGCAUCUCCAUCGAUCAAGUCCCGACGGACCAUGACUACAUUCUCCCCUCGAUUUCCGGCAUUGCCCCAGAAAAAGCAUCCGCCAUAAUCCAACAAUUCGAUAAAAAGAAACGCGCUGCAGCGAUUACAGUACCAACAGAUGACAACCGUGUCAGAGCCAAACUCCGAGAACUCGGCGAACCGAUUACACUAUUCGGAGAAGAAAAGAGUGAUAGAAGAGAUCGAUUACGCGCCUUACUUGCUGCGCAAUUGGAAUCUGGUGACGGAUCCCGUGGGGUCGGUGGAGGAGUUGGUGGCGGCGAAGAUGUGGAUAUGGCUGAUGCUGAUGAGGAGGCUGGGGGAGAGGUCGAAGAAGAGUUUUAUACGGAGGGAAUACCGGAGUUACUUUCUGCUCGACAGCAUAUCGCACAAUUUUCGCUAGAGAGGGCGAGGGAUAGGUGUGAAUUGCAACAGUCAGAGAGUACGGUUCAAUUGAAGGAACAUAUAAAACACAGGAAAGGGUUGAAGGAUCGGUUGACGGGGUAUAACCUUUUCGGAACACAGUUGGCUGGCGACCGACCCGUAGCCAUUGCGAGAUUUUCGAAUGAUUCGAAAACUAUAGCUGCAGGAAACUGGGAUGGUGGAAUCAGAUUGCUUUCGGUGCCGAAUAUGGAUAUCGUACGGACGCUGAGAGGCCAUACGGACCGAGUUGGUGGGAUAUCUUGGUCUCCAAUGUCUGGGUUGUCGGAAGAAGCCGCGAGCUUGGUAUCUGGUGGUGCAGAGGGGGAUAUUCAUCUGUGGAAUAUGAAGCAGGAUACACCGGUCGCAAGUUUACUAGGGCAUGGCGGACGGGUGUGUAGAGUUGAAUACCACCCGUCAGGGAGAUACAUAGGGUCUGCGUCGUACGAUACGACGUGGAGGCUGUGGGAUGUGGAAACUACGAGCGAAUUGUUGAUACAAGAGGGACAUUCGAGAGAGGUAUUUGCGAUCUCGUUUCAACAUGAUGGAGCCUUAGUUGCUACUGCGGGGCUGGAUGCUAUUGGAAGAGUGUGGGAUUUACGAACGGGAAGAACUAUUAUGAUUUUGGACGGGCACAUUAAAGAGAUACAUGGAUUGGCAUUUUCACCGAAUGGGUACCAAAUUGUUAGCGCGUCCGGGGAUCAUACAGCCAAAGUCUGGGACGUGAGGAAGGUUAAGUGCAUUUCCUCCAUCGGAGCCCAUGCCUCAUUGGUUAGUGAUGUGCGGUUUUUUGACGGAGGGGUUGAUACUGGAAGAGUUCUAGAUGAUGGAGAGAUUGAAAUGGGAGAUCGGGGUAAAUAUCUUGUUACGGGAGGCUUUGAUAAGAUGGUUAAUAUCUACAGCGCAGAUGAUUGGGCGCUAGUGAAGAGUUUACCGGGACAUUCGGGGAACGUACUAAGUGUGGAUGUUUCGAAGGAUGGGAAGUUCAUACUGAGCAGCGGGCACGAUCGGACGUGCAAGUUGUGGUCGAGGGAUGAUAUCGAGUUUUAG